AUUUCGACAAGAUCUUCGAAUAGGCCGACAACAUAAAUCAAUGCUAAACAAGCUUGUCUCAAACGCCACCGUUUAUGUUCCCAUGAGAACAUAUAAAGUGACAACAGAAUAAAGUUCAAACACAUUAACACCAAUACUUUCAAUUAAAAACAUCAAUAUGGCGAAUGAGAGUGAUAAUCUUGGACUUGAAAUCACUGAACUAAGGCUAGGUCUUCCCGGAGAUAUCAUCGUCGUCUCCGGUCAGUCUAUCUUGGGGAAGAAGAGGGCCUCUCCGGAAGUGGAGAGUAACAUGAAAUGUGAACCGGCGACAAAGAGUCAAGUUGUGGGUUGGCCACCGGUUUGUUCGUACCGGAGAAAGAACAGUCUUGAACAGACCAAAAGUUCGUACGUGAAAGUGAGUGUAGAUGGAGCUGCAUUUUUAAGGAAGAUUGAUUUGGAAAUGUACAAAUGUUACCAAGAUCUCGCUUCCGCUCUACAAAUUCUGUUCGGAUGCUCUAUCAAUUUUGAUGAUACGUUGAAGGAAAGUGAAUGUGUACCAAUAUAUGAAGACAAAGAUGGAGAUUGGAUGCUUGCGGGAGACGUUCCUUGGGAGAUGUUUCUUGGAUCAUGCAAGAGGUUAAGGAUUAUGAAGAGAUCAUGUAACAGAGGAUGAAUGAUUUUUUUAAUAGUCACAUGCGUAUCUGAGUGAGCCUUGAGAUAUCUAAAUAUACAUAUUUUUAGACUACUCAAAAGAAAAUCUCAUUUGAAUAUUAGAUCUAUGUUUCACUACAUAGUACUCAAUAUGAAAAUUUUGAAUUGACGAUCUG